CUCUCGUUCCCCUCGCCGCUCUGCGCCCCGCGUCCCCGCCCUCGGAGUCCCGCCACCCCGGCUCGCCUCGAUUCGGCGCCGCGAUCCCGGGCCAUGCCCCGCUACGAGUUGGCUUUGAUUCUGAAAGCCAUGCGGCGGGGUUGGUACAGUAGGCUCCACUAGACUUAGCUGCAGCUCAGAGUUUCUCCUCCAGCACCUGAGUAAAUGCUGAUGGUCUUGUGGACUAAGAGUGCGAGCUAAAUUCUCAAUCCCAAUUGAGAAGCGGAGGAAAUUUAAAACUGUCUCCUUCCAAGCUUACUACAACCACCACCAUCAAGACAGCAAACAAAGGACAAAGACUUUGAACUGCUGUGUUGCUCUGUGUAGUCCCGUUCACGUGUGCUUUACAGACUUGGCUGGGUUACUAAUAAGUAAAUAAGAAGUUGGACACUUCUUUCAUUCGGACAUUUUAUUCACAAGUUACCAGAAUGAGGGCUGUGCUGGAGACGGCAGACAUUGCCAUAGUGGCCCUGUAUUUUGUCCUGGUCAUGUGCAUUGGUUUUUUUGCCAUGUGGAAAUCUAAUAGAAGCACUGUGAGUGGAUACUUCCUGGCCGGGCGCUCUAUGACCUGGGUGGCAAUUGGUGCCUCUCUGUUUGUGAGCAAUAUUGGGAGUGAGCACUUCAUUGGGCUGGCAGGAUCUGGAGCAGCGAGUGGAUUUGCAGUAGGCGCAUGGGAAUUCAAUGCCUUACUGCUCUUGCAACUUCUGGGAUGGGUUUUCAUCCCUAUUUACAUCCGGUCAGGGGUAUACACUAUGCCUGAAUACUUGUCCAAGAGAUUCGGUGGCCAUAGGAUUCAGGUCUAUUUUGCGGCCUUGUCUCUCCUUCUGUAUAUCUUCACCAAGCUCUCAGUGGAUCUGUAUUCAGGUGCCCUCUUUAUCCAGGAGUCCUUGGGUUGGAACCUUUAUGUGUCUGUCAUCCUGCUCAUUGGCAUGACCGCUCUGCUGACUGUCACCGGAGGCCUUGUUGCAGUGAUCUACACAGACACCCUACAGGCUCUGCUCAUGAUUAUUGGGGCACUCACACUUAUGGUUAUCAGCAUGAUGAAGAUCGGAGGGUUUGAGGAAGUUAAGAGAAGGUACAUGUUGGCCUCGCCCAAUGUUGCUUCCAUUUUGUUGACACACAACCUUUCCAACACAAAUUCAUGUAACGUCCACCCUAAGGAGGAUGCCCUAAAAAUGCUGCGAGAUCCAACAGAUGAAGAUGUUCCAUGGCCUGGAUUCAUUCUUGGGCAGACCCCAGCCUCGGUAUGGUACUGGUGUGCUGACCAAGUCAUUGUGCAGAGGGUUCUAGCAGCCAAAAACAUUGCUCAUGCCAAAGGCUCUACUCUAAUGGCUGGCUUCUUGAAGCUUCUACCAAUGUUUAUCAUAGUUGUCCCAGGAAUGAUUUCUAGGAUACUGUUUGUUGAUGACAUAGCUUGCAUCAACCCAGAACACUGCAUGCAAGUGUGUGGAAGCAGAGCUGGGUGCUCCAAUAUUGCCUACCCACGCUUGGUGAUGAAGUUGGUUCCUGUGGGCCUUCGGGGCUUGAUGAUGGCAGUGAUGAUUGCGGCUCUGAUGAGCGACUUGGACUCCAUCUUUAACAGUGCCAGUACCAUAUUCACCCUCGAUGUGUACAAGCUUAUCCGCAAGAGCGCGAGCUCCCGGGAACUAAUGAUAGUGGGCAGGAUAUUUGUGGCUUUUAUGGUUGUCAUCAGCAUAGCAUGGGUGCCAAUUAUUGUGGAGAUGCAAGGAGGCCAGAUGUACCUUUAUAUCCAGGAGGUAGCAGAUUAUCUGACCCCUCCAGUGGCAGCCCUCUUCCUUCUGGCAAUUUUCUGGAAACGUUGCAACGAACAAGGGGCUUUCUAUGGUGGAAUGGCAGGCUUUGUUCUGGGAACUGUCCGUUUGAUACUGGCUUUUACCUACCGUGCUCCUGAAUGUGACCAGCCUGAUAACAGGCCAGGCUUCAUCAAAGACAUCCAUUAUAUGUAUGUGGCUACAGCAUUGUUUUGGAUCACAGGACUUAUAACUGUAAUUGUGAGUCUUCUCACGCCGCCUCCCACCAAGGACCAGAUUCGUACCACCACCUUUUGGUCAAAGAAGACCCUGGUAACAAAGGAGAGCUGCUGUCAGAAAGAUGAGCCAUACAAAAUGCAAGAGAAGAGCUUUCUACGGAGUAAUGACAAUAGUGAAGCUAUCAACCAUGUCAUUCCCAAUGGGAAGUCUGAAGACAGCAUUAAGGAACUUCAGCCAGAAGAUGUUAAUCUGUUGGUGACAUGCAGAGAAGAGGGCAAUCCAGUAGCUUCCAUGGGUCAUUCAGAGGCAGAAACACCAGUAGAUGCUUAUUCCAAUGGGCAAGCAGCUCUCAUGGGUGAGAAAGAGAGAGAGAAGGAAACAGAAAGCCGAAGCCGGUAUUGGAAGUUCAUAGACUGGUUUUGUGGCUUUAAGAGUAAAAGCCUUAGCAAGAGAAGUCUCAGAGACUUGAUGGAUGAGGAGGCCGUUUGCUCACAGAUGUUAGAAGAGUCUCCGCAAGUAAAAGUCGUGUUAAAUAUUGGACUUUUUGCUGUGUGUUCGCUUGGAAUUUUCAUGUUUGUUUAUUUCUCCUUAUGAACUUAAGAACAUGGUGAGGCACUUAAGAAAAUACUGGUCUUUGAAAACAAAAAUGUAACUGUUGCAUCUCUCAGGCAUUGUUUACGCUGAAGGUUUUAGCCAAAUUUUACUUAGCAGAAAAUCAUCUAUUUGCAGGACUAUUUUCCUAGAGAUGGAUGAAAUAAAUCUUCAACUUAAAUGAAACAAGACAGAAUGAAUUGUGCAAAAAAAGAAAAUGUGGUUUUAGAAUUUUCCAUACCAAAGUGAGGAAAGCCCAAUGCUUUUCACAGGUCACUUAGAGCAGAACUGUGUUAAAGUACCAUGAUAAAGUGUCUUGUCUGCAUUGCCAAGUCUCAUAGACCUUGUGCUGAAGUAGAUCUAUCUGCUCAUUUAUAAGGCUUUUGUCUCUAAUCCCUGCUAUGAUUAAAAAAUUGAAUUCAUAGAGAUGUAUGAUUAGUUAUGUCCCGAAAGUCUAAUGUGUUGUAUAGUGAUCACUUCAGGACAACUUUGUUUGCCUGGCUGGUUUUGUUAGCAUGAGUCCAUGGAUUCUGCUUGCCAAAAGAAAGGAAGAAUGUUUUCCUGGAGGUGUUUUUGUACCCCUUGUGUGUGGAAUGGUAGUGGCUUGGGCAGACUUUGUUUCAGUUCCCUCCCUCUGUUCUUCUUUCUUAACCUGAACCAUACGGAAUGACUACCAAGUCUGUAUAUAUAUAUUUUUUAAUCAGGGGGGAAGUAAUUAUUGCUGAUGAUCCCCACAUUUAUUGAUGAGAUAAGGUGUUUUAAAAUAUAGUUUGAGAAUUAACUACCAUGCAGCGCUUGAUAAAUGUAAUGCUAAGAGGAUGCUGAAUCAUCUUCUGCCUGUGUCCUAGCUGCUUCCUUGUUAUUUUGUAGUAUUCCUUGUUAAUCAGCCAGAUGCCUUCCCCAUGGUCCAGUUGUGAGAAAUGUUCAGUGUCGCCACAGAAGUGGGCACAGCUUUUGUGUGCUGAGUUGUGGCCCUUGACUAGCUGUGAUACACUGAUGUUGUGUUUAGAGGGAAAAUCAAAUCCUGACUCAUACUGCAUUCUCUAUACGUUCUUUUCCUGGUUUUUGCCUUUCCUGAAGACGUGCUGCGGGUGUCAGCACACACGCAUGUGUCGUUACAAACUGGCCACCCGCCACAGAACUCUCCUCACCCUUGCUGUUGAUCAGCGUAAGGUUUCUGUGGAUGCCCAGCGUGGUCAUGCGCUCUUUGGAGGACAUCACAGGAUUCUGUACAGACCUCUACCUUUAUCCAGUCACAGCAUCCGUGGGCAGCGGAUCUUUGUUAUAGCUGUUUCUACCUAGUGAGGAUGGCCCAGAAGGAGUUAGAGAAGAACUCUUAAGGAUGUCUGUAGUCCUGUGUCUUCAACACUGCCUGUUCUCCAUGAGAGAUGGAGAACACUAACUAUAUACCUACUUUCUUUAAGCUAAUAACUUUUUGAAUUAUAUAACAAAUUUAUUAAGCCUUGUACUCAAGGACAAUUAUUACUUUUAUAGAUCAUUUUGUAGAUUUUGAAUCAAAGCUCAAUCCUGAUAAUUUUUUUUUUUUUUUGGUAAUGCAUCAAUUUGUUUGCAGAUGAUGGACUUGAGCCCAACACUGACUUUGGGGCUCAUUGGGUCCAUGCAGUCCUCCUGUCUUCAGGAGGGUUUCUGAUGGACUGAGCCUGCAGGUGGAAAAGGUGAUUCAUGUACGAAUAGCAUGUAUUUCGGAAGAACUUAGAGUGCCUUGUACAAUUUUUCUCUCAAUUUCUAUUGUGAGGUUUAUAACUGAGGGACCAAGUAGAUAGGGCUUCCUUGUCUUGAGUGGAUGUCGAGGCUGUGACGCGUCCAAGGUCACGGGACCUCGUGCAAAGAUGAGAAAGCAGUUCUCCAGAUCUGGAUUCAGAGUUUGCCCACAUGUAUCUGAAUGAAUGGUUUGUUCGUGGUUGUGACAGUCUUCUCUUAAAGAAUUUUCCAUUUGAGAUAACCUUUUAGGCUAUGAAAAACAUUCAUAGGAUCUUGGGUUGCCUGAAUUUGUAUCAAGUUGUAGGAGUUAGUAUUUCCUUUGAACACAUCCUUCUGCACUUGGCAAGAAUUAACAUGUUGGCUGAGUGGCCUUACCAAUCCACAUAUUUACAUCGUAAGAGAAUAGGUGUUCAUGUGAAUUUUUCCCCUUUAUUUAGUGUUGAGUCCUAAUAAUUUGGAAUGUUAGAUCUUCUUACCUCUUUUUGUUGUCUUAUAGUAAGAUACAUACAAUAUAUCAUGUGUCUGUGUAAAUAGCAGUGGGUCAGGUUUAGAGUUCUAUAUCUAUAAAUAAAAAAUGACUUAACAUAUCCAUGAGGUGUUCAUUCUUACCAGUGUGAGCAUCGCUGUACUGACUCUGAAGUUCCUAUAGCUUGUCUUCCUUACUGCCUCCCACGUGGAAGGGUGUGAACUGGGGAAGGCAGCUUCAUUCCAGGAGAUCAGGCUUCAGUCUAUAGGUUGUUGGAAUGACCUUGGAAUGAUAGAUGGUUAUUUCAGGCUAGCAAAGUGUCCAUUCUUCCCAUGGAUAUAUGAGUCCUAAAAGAUGGCGUGGAUCUGUUCAGACAUUUACACAUGCAUUUCUGUGCUUGUGCAAGCUAAGGUUCUGAACUGAACAAGAUUCACACUGACUAAAAUGUGGCUAAAAGUAAAAACGUAGGUGGGGCUGUUGGUCUACAAACUCAGGUGAGAAAUAGUUAUCCUUGGUGUGUGGGCUCAACUUCUCCAUGUUUUGUCUUCCCAGGCAGUUUGUGUCUGGGUCUAGAGCAUAGGGCUUCUGACAGCGGCCUGGAGAGUGAUUGUUGACUCGGCUGUGGGACUUCAGGUCUCUUUCAUUUCUGAAGACUGUGUCCUGCCGAUCUAUCCUCCAGCUGUUCUUUCUAGGAAGUGAUUGCUUUUGUUUUUAGAGGAGCAUCAAGUAAUAACUCCUGUCCUUGGCUCAGAUCCAGUGGGUCUCAUUUCCAGGGCUUCCUUUCCACUGGCUCCAAGGAUCCAUCAUUAUCUUGCACACACAGGGAGGCUUACCAGGGCUGUGUGUCCUUACCUCUUAGAGAUGUCACCAUAAGAGAUUAGCAGAGACCCUUCACUUUGUGAAACUCCCAUUUAAGAAUGGAUCUCUGAGUUAAUUGGUUCUCUGAGCAUGGGGUUAAAAGCCUUGUCUGGGGUGGUUCUGAAUCCUUAAAUUCCUAUACUGGGACUCUUUCUCUGUCGCAAGCGCAUGAUCUCCUCAUCUCUUUGAAUGUCAUUUAGUGUAAUCUAUGGAUGAGUCUUCAUAUAAACCAGCCUUGUCGUUAACCCAUUGAGAGAUUAGGUCUUGCAUCUUCUCGUCUGACUGGUACUAUAGUACUAAGAUCGCCUCAUCCCCUCAUAUCACAGCUUCAUGAGAGGUAUGAUUAGAAGGAGACCACAUAGGUGUCACCAUUUCCCUAGGUGUGCACGAGACCGCGCAUUCCUGUUAAACCGUGUGGCUGCACGGCCUGUUGGUGCACAGUCUCUAAGAAGAGAUGAAAACUCCAGCGCUUCAGUGUUUCUAAAGUCAGGAAACAGUAAUGAGUUCUCACAGGAGCCCUUGAGAUGAUGGGGCCAAGCGAUGCAGAAAGCCUGGGUUUUGCCAUUAAGGUGGUAAAGUUGGAAAUGAGCUGGUACAGAGAGAAACACGUGGGCUGUUAUGUCCGAGGCUGGUGCAGAAAUGACGACUCUCACUACUGACUGAUCUUUUAACAAUGUUGUGAAAUCGAUGCCAUUUAUGCUUCUGUCUACACUCCUUUAUAGCAGGCAAGGUUCAGUUUGCGUGUGAGCCACCCAUCUCCCUAGCAGCCAGUGGCUGUUGCCCUGUAGCCUUUGCUGAGAAACGAAGGAAAAGACGUAGUGUGUGUCAUUACUCAUCUCAUGCACUUUACUCUUUGGAGGAGCAUGUAUCUGCAGGCUCUGUGGAUGGCCUGAUUCCUCUAAGUGUGCCCAGGAAGGCCGAGGAGUUCUGUCUGGCAUGCUGCCCUCCUGCCCUUGCCCCUCACCCCUCACCCCCAGGUAGCGUAUGUCUGAAGACUGCUAGGGAUUUCUGGACAGCACAACUUGACAGUAUAUACCCACAGCAUAAUUAGAUGCAUUUGCCCUGUUUUCCUAGGGCUGCUGGCUUUAUAAAUUUAUAUGUAAAUAAUACACACACAAAUUUAAUGUUCAGUUUAUUAGUGUGAAAGCAGAAUGUCAUUAGUAUCUCGUAUGUGCAUGUCUGUGUGUGUAAUUGGAAACACAUGGGGCAUACUGAAAUCUUGGAAUGGCAGUUGCUAGUGUACAAGGUUUUCCACAGUAUAAUCAAAAUUUGAGGUUUGUGUUUAGGUUGUAGGUAACCUUCUGCUUGCCAGUGUUGAUCUGCUAGUUCGCUCCUGUCCCUUUCUUAGCCAUAAGCUUCCUGUGCUUUUAGCUUUCAUUGUAGCUAGUGAAGAAAGCUAGUAGAAAGUACACAUUUACACGCUUUUACAUGUAGUUUUUGGUUCACAGAAUCAAGGCAGUUUUAAGUAUAUAUAUAUAUAUAUAUUGUAGCUUAAUGUUAUUUAUUCAUCUUAAUUUGCUUUUACAUCUAUAAUUAAAACUUUAAAGUUACAUUCUGAUUCUGAGUAUAUUUUUAGAAUGUCCCUGUAUAGUUUGUUAAGGACAUCUGAGCACUCAAUAUUUCCAUGUGUAAGGAGAGGCUAAAGGUCCAUAGAAAGCACAACACUGUUCAUGUGUGUGUCUCCACUUGUAAAAAGCACAAACCUAAUAGCAUUCUCACUAACCCACAAGUGCAAGUCAUAAGCCCACCAAGCUGUGCCCCAGGGUUGUCAGGACAACCACAGUACCGAAAGGCUAGACAGGGAGACUGCUGUCCAGCUAGCUGGUCCCGAGAGAUGAGUCUGUGUUCUCCCUGCUUGUGCUGCUCUGAUGGGGAGAGCUCAGCUGCUUAUAUCUGGGGAGUUGAGGGAAAUGAGAUCUGUGGACACAGACCCACAGUCUGAAACUCAGCUGGGACAGUGGGAUUUCUGGGGGGCAGGCAGGUGACAGCUUUGUAAGUCAUAGUCAUUGGAAUGCUAAAAUGUUGUCUAGAAGUGUUACUAGUUUUCAACAGUGCUCUACAAACCAUGAAAAAUUCACGCUCGGUAGUGCAGAUACUAUAUUGAUCUUGCAUAGGUUUGCAUGAGGUGGCGUUAGCUUUGUGUUCUUUAUGUGCUUAGCUGUACUUUUUCGUAGAGAGUUGGAUCUCUGUGUUCCUAACAUCAAACUAUUUCUGGAUAGACUCUAUGACACUGCUUUUCCUAAUAGUACUGAGAAUUUUUUAAUGUGUUCUGUUAGCUCCUCAAGACUAGAUGAGUGGAAAGCUGUGGGUGUGCAUGCAGAAAUAAAGAUGUAUUUCCUCCCACUCAGCAUUGCCCUUUCCCCUGGUUUGCUUUACCUCCAGAUAGUCCCAUGGUUACCAAGAAUGAAAAUGAACCGUCUAAGUUAUGGCUACAUCUUCAGAUAGAGCUCUCAGAGGAAAGAGAGUGCCUCCUCUGUUUGGGUAUUUUUCUUCCUAGGGAAACCGUAUAACAAAGACUGUAGAUGACAGACUAAUGUGGUCCAUCUUAGGAGAGUUCCCAUGAACUGGGAUGGUGGGGUUUCUCCCGUGUGCACCUACAGCGGCAUUUCACAACAGGUAACCUGGAGGUGCAGGGAGGGUGCGGGUGCGGGUGGGGGUGGGGGCCGAGGGAGAGGCUGUGAGGAAUGUCCUUGACUAGCAAUAUGUGACGAUGUAGAGCAGUUAACUUUUGACCUCUGUAUUCUGUACCUUUAAGAGAGUUUAAUACAACUUUUUGAAAUGCUUUUUAAAAUCUCUUUGACACAAAUGAUUUUCAUUUAUAAUUUCAUGGAAAGAAAAGUAGUCAUGGUGUAAAUAUGUAUAAUUUCCUGAUUUCACUGUGAGAACUCAGACUGUUGAGUGGCAAACAGAUCACCAAGUCUUUUGCUCAUGGACUGCUCUGUGGGGUUAUUAAGAUGUAAAAGCUUUAUUAUUGUUAUUAUUAUUUUAAAUAGCGGCAUACUGCAUUAGUGUCUGAGGACGGUAUGGAGCUGUUCCUCUGCUACCCUCGCCAUUCUUGCUUCAGCCUGUGAGCACCUGCCAAGUUGAGACCCAGCAGGGGCUUGUCUGUCCCUGUGUGGACGCCGCUCUUUGUCUGGACCUGUUGGUAAUCACCAUAUGAACUGGUCGGCUUUUCCGCUUCGCUUUUCUUUUUUGACAAAAUGGGUUUCAAAAAUAGUUGCUGUGCAAAAGUUAGUAGUCUUCUUCAAGAAGAGCAAUUCUUUUUCUAGUCAUAUUCUGUGAAAUUGCUUCGUUCAUUCCUUUAUUUCUAAGCCAAAUGCCAGCGGAACACUGCUGCUUUUAUCUAAAGAAUUUUGAUAUGUAAGUAUUAAUGCAUUUUAAAAAAUAUCUGCUUUGAGAAAUGUUUUCCCGUGUACUGCCUGGAAGCUUUGUCCACACUCCGGGCUCAGACCUGUCAGUACACUGGGCCGUGUAUUAUGUAUGUGGAUCAUUUCAUCUGGUAUUGUAGACCAAAUAUGGCUAUGAUGGGAUUUGUGAACAUUAAUUUGUUAUUGGUUAGCUUUUAAUUAUUUCCAGUUUACUCUCUGUUGUCCUCAGCCUCUUUUGUUUUCAAGUUUGACUAAUAAGGUCCGUUUCAUUGUGUAAGGCUUUAGUUUCAGAGAAAUCAGAAUUUUCUUCCAUCUUGAAAAGAAAACCGUUAAACUGUAAAUUUAAAGCUGUUAGCUACUUGUGACAGUUCUAACUUGCCUAUACUGUGUACAAGUGAAUUUUACAAUUGUAGAUUGUAUGAUCUUGGUUUACUGUGUUGUGUUACUGUUGUUUAAGCCAAUCUGCUAAAGAGCCGUCAGUCUGCGUUGCUGACUGCAAGCCCUCUGUUCCUUGUGUACUCGUGUUAUUUUGCCAGCUGCUGCAUUAGCCUUCAGAAGUAUUUGAAAACUUAAGAUUUCUUACAAAGUCCGUUUCUUUCUGUGGUAUUUUGUCCGGUAGCUGAAGUGUAGUAAUUAUUUUAUGGAGAUGUUAGCACUUCUGUACAAACUUUGAAUAAAAUGAA